CCCACAUUACCAUCCUAUUGCGUUGUUCUUACGCUGUCCGACCGCUCUCAAACCCUCUCGCUAUUUUCUCUAAUUUGGUCCCCAAACAUGCCGUCAAGCGGCAACAGCUCCUACGGUUUCAGAUUCAGAGUGUGGCAGUUUCGCCGAUGCCCAACCAUCAAAGAUCUGUCGCACUCGCACCCACACACGCCGGAUGAGGUUCCCAUCGAAUUUCGCGUCACUGAGUGGCUAAAAAUCAAGAAAUCCAUCGGCAAUGGCGAUCGUCCAGUGUCCAUCGCGCAAGCGCGAUCUCGCAUGCGAUCAAAAACCUUCUGGGUCCCCAAACAAGCGGCUCUGUCGUGCGAUGGUGGCGCUCGCAUGUUAUCCUUGCUUUCGGACGUGGGUGCCCCCGGAGAACACCAGGAGGCGGUAUUGCGAGAUAUUUCAUCGGCGGCCGCCGCUCGAUCUGCCCGGACGGGAACAUCGCCGAUCGUGGUAACAUUUGAACACACAACGCUGUUACUCGUGGAGCUUGAUGGCGAUGAGUCCGAGGACGUGAUGGAUAUGGUUUUGAGGGAGUCCAUGGUACUGAGGCCCAUCCCGGCCGCUCGAUCUGCGAUUGAGCGAUUGAAGAAGGUAACCUUUGAAGAUGGGUUGGGGUCGAUCGGAGAGUGCAUCAUUUGCAGGGAGGAAUUUGAGGAUGGGCUCGAACUCACGCGGCUGCCGUGCUCCCAUGUCUAUCAUGGAGAUUGCAUUGUCAAGUGGCUGGAGAAGAGUCACUGCUGUCCCCUCUGCCGCUACCCAUUGCCCCGUGUCCAUUGAGAUGGGGGAGGAUUUUUAUUUCUUGUUCAGGUGUUUGUUUCUUAUUUAGGGUUUAGGGUUUCAUUUUCAAUUAAUUUUUUUAUUUUUUUUAUACGGAUUAUAACUUUUUGUUCAAUUUUUUGGUUUGUAUAUUAGGUUUUCGUCUUCAUAUUUGUUAUUUUUAAACCACAAUUUCUUUGUAAUUAAACCACAAUUU